AUGGCGCAACUGAUAAGCGUCAAACUGUCGAGAUUUGACGGAUCUCCAUGGGGAUUCCGACUUCAAGGAGGAAAAGAUUUUGGUACACCUUUAAUUGUGCAAAAGGUGAAUGGAGGCUCCCCGGCAGAAGCAGCUGGUUUGAAAGCUGGCGAUGCGGUCAUCAGAGUCAACAACACGGAUAUGUUUAAUUUGCGUCACAAAGACGCCCAGGAUGUAAUCGUAAGAUCCGGUAACAACUUUGAGAUCACUGUCCAGAGAGGAGGUAGCACUUGGCGACCAAGUGUUUCACCUGUUUCUCAGUCAAUUCCCUCGCCGCAGCCUCAUCUUUCGGCAGGCAGCGUUUCUCCAGUGACUAAAACAUCGCUCGCUGCCAAAAAAACCGACGGACAUCUUAUUGGAAGUGGACAUAACUUUAGUCCUAAACCUUAUCCAAAUGGAACAAGCGAAGGACCAAUUAAAUCAAUUGUUAACAAACAAUACAACAGCCCAGUGGGAAUUUACAGCGAGCAGACAAUCGCUGAAACUCUUUCUGCGCAAGCUGAAGUACUUGCCGGUGGUGUUUUAGGAGUAAACUUCAAGAAAAAUGAGAAGAAUUACACACCGGAAAACAGCGAAGUAUUCAAAAUGGUGCGAGAAGCUGACAAGGAGCCAAAAACUCCAGAGCCUACUGACUCAGCGAUACACAGCGGAGUAGUGACUCCCUCGUCACCAGCCUUAACUGGACUCAGAUCAGUGUCCGCGCCAGAGACUAAACCUCAGCCGACUCCGCCACCCCAGAGCAGCUUGCCACCUGGCCAAAACAUUUGCGCUGAAUGUGAAAGACUUAUUGUUGGAGUCUUUGUCAGAAUCAAGGAGAAAAAUCUUCACGUCGAAUGUUUCAAGUGCUCAACAUGUGGUACCUCCCUCAAGAAUGUUGGUUAUUAUAAUAUAAACAGUAAAUUGUACUGUGAUAUUCAUGCAAAACUUGUUGCGAGACAGCAAGCUCCUGCUGGAUAUAUUCCAGUCACUGUUUCACCAGGAGCUAAAGCACCAGCAAGUACCAUUUCAGCAGCACUUGGUAAUUUCCAAAGCCAAUCACCCAUGUCACCAACACCUUUCAGCAAUGGUACCAGCUCAACACCUUCUUUCUCCAGACGCAAGACGUUCUACCGUCCACCAUCGUCUUCCUCGUCGUACACCGUCGAUUACUGUGGAGUCUCAUCGCAACCGGUUGAUCGUACUAGUACCUAUGAAUCGUUGCCAUCUGAAACAAAUUACCGGAGUAUGGUGAAGAACGAGGCGGUCAACAAUCAGCAAAACAACUACAAAACAUACACAAGUACCAUAACAAUUAGGACCGGGAGCGAGGUUGGAAAUAAGGAUUACUACAGCGACGACACCAAUAAUACACCCAGUCACCUUGGCAGUUCGCCCCGUGCUGAUAAAUCGCCCAGUUCUAGUCUUGUUCAGGCAAACAUAAGUGGUCCGAAACCUUUCAGUGGGUCCAGUAAUUUCGGGCCGACAUCCAAUUUUACUUCGACUCCGACCUCAAAUUCAGUUAACAACAAUUUCUCUCGGCCUCAAAGUCAAACAGUCACUGAAUCUUAUCACGCGGAAUAUAACUAUUUGGAGGAGAAGGACAUAAAAGGAACACCAGCUCCUAGCACAGCUGACGAAUACUCCCGACCUCCGUCGUCGGUACGAAACAAGAGCUUGCAGUGGCCGCCUGUUAAAAGUCUUGAAGACGCAACCUAUCCUACAGCAAGUCCCAUUUGGAUCGACCCGAACCCAGUUUUAGACCGACGUUCAAGGCACAUUGUCCAAGACAGACAAGUGGAGCUUAACGAAAACGCCUGUCGGCGAAGCGAAAGCGUGAACCGGAGAAGAGAAGCUAACAGACGCGAAGAAUUCAGCCAUUGUAAUUGGGGAGAAGAACCAAUGGAGAACAAGCCAGUUUGCAGUGCGCCAUUUUAUCGCAAGACAACGACCACCGAAUGCUCGGAAGUCCGACAAUCUCGAAGCUCGAGCUUAAACCGUCCAGGAUCUGCAGAAGGUGUCAGAAGAUCCUUGACGCCUACCAGAAUUAGCCAACCCGUUCCACAGCCCUGGACUGGUUCCACUGAAUUGAGCUCUUAUCGACAUGUUCAGGCCCCAGUGCCUCCAGAACCGCCAAUUUGUCGCAAAGUUUGCACCUGCGAAAUCAUCUGUGAACGAAUAACUGGUCCAGGAGGGCCGGAACAUCAACAAGAUCAUGUUUACCGAGAAGUUAAGUGCGAACUGUGCAAUCCACCGCCUUGUAUGCAGGUAACUGAUUACGACCAGGAGCAGGAGAUUGAAGAACCCUGCGAGAUUCUCGAACAACAAACCGAUUCGGAGGUUGUAGAUCUGUCAAAAGUCGUCCCUCCAGAUGUGGCAGUGUGUCCCAAGGGUGUGGAAAAUCAACACAACAUGCACACCGAGAUUAUGGAGAAGGAUGAGGGCAAUAUUCAUAUCAAGAAGACUACUAUUUAUGAAAAGACAGUGGAAAUUGUCUCUCCGAGCGAGUCACCAGCCAAUGACAAUGAAGUUGAAAACUGGUCUGGCAGAAGACAACACGUUGAGUCGGCAGAUAAAAUUUCGUCGUUUAUUGAGACCAAGAAGAUGAUUGAGGAAGCCAGGCAAGAAGAACUUAAGCAUCGCGAGGCGUAUGAAGAAGAGUGCAGACGUGAGGAGGAAAAGAUGAGAAGAGUGCAAGAGGAAGAAGAACGCCGAGAAGCUAAUCGGUUGAAAAUUUUGCAAGCUGAGAAGGAGGAAAAAGAGCGACGGAUUAAGGAACAAAAACGAGAAACUGAAAUGCGCAUUCGCCAGGAAGAAGAAGAAAGAUUUGGAAAGCAUGUUAGCUUCUCGCAAAAUCAGAGCUGUGAUUAUCAAAACCAGAACAACAGUCGAAUUAUGUCCGCCGAGCAGCAUUACCGCGAGCUCAAAGAAGAAAUAAAGGUCCAGGACACUGAAAGAACCGAACAGGAGCGCCGUGAAACUCUUCGCCAGCAGGUUGAGAUUCACAAGUGUCUGAGAGAACAACAGGCUCCGGAAAGGCGCCAACAGCAAUCGAAUCUCCAAGAACGUCGGAUUGAAAAACGGUUCCGACCUCAGUCACCGCCUCACGAGUCUUCUUCGUCCGCUUGUCAGCGUAAGCACGUGCAAUUCGUUAAGCAAACCGAAAGCGGAACUUGUCAGAUGCAAACUCCAGUUCAAAAUUCAACACCCAAAGAAUGGAAGUCGGAAAUGGUGAAAGCGCUGACUACUGCUCCAACCAGGCCUUACUCACCGCUUCAUCCGUCAAACAUGCAAACGGGAGGUCAACACUACCAGGAAGACAACAGCUGCUCCAGCAAGACAAUGUACUCCAGUGAAGUACGGUACGAAGAAACCUGCCGAAGUUUCCCUCCGCCACCACAGCCUCCACAGCCGUAUGUCCCCCGACCAGGAUCGCCAUUCGCAGACGCUCUGACUAUCGCACCCGAGCGUCCUUACACGCCUCUCGGUGAGCGCUCAGUCAAAGGCUGCGAGAAUGUUAUUUGCGUCGACAGAGAAGACACGCCGAUAAAUCAGUCAACGCCUCAAGGAUACUGCCACCCCGCUGAAAUUUUGUACACCGACUCAACGGAGCGUCAAUCACGAUCGCGAGAACGCAAUCUGAGCAGAGUUCAAGGACCACGUCCCUUGCCAACGCCACCAACUAAUUAUAAAUUCCGCGACGCUUCUCCCUCGCCCGCUAGAACUCUCUCUCGUUCGACGACUCCCCGAGAUCCGGGUCUCCCGGCAGCGCUGAAAAGACCCGACACUAUUCCUUCCUACCAGAAACACUUGAUCACAGAAGACUAUGACCCCAUUGACGCUCAGCCCUAUGUUCCAAGCAGAUCACCAACUCCUUGUCGCUCAAAGUCACCAGCCCCAGGGCCAGCUUAUCUACCGAAUCCUCUUCAACACAACUUGGGCCGCAAACCCUAUCAUUCAAAUGUGCCCAGCUACGACCAGCCGUCUUCUGAGUCUUACUCGUACAAGGCCCAGUCUGCUUCAGCUUCUGCUUCAUACUCUUGUCCCGAACAGCAAAGCAAGCAAGUUACUUACCGAGCUCAACCUCAGCAGAGUGAAACUCCAAAGAACCAGUACUCGGAAAACUACGGCAUGAGGAGCUAUGUCUCUGAAGAUCACUCUGAAAAGCAGUGCAGUCGGACGUCUUACGCCGAAAAGUACAAGCGCAUUGAAGAGAAACAGCUGGAGGCUUGCCGGCAGAGUGAGAUGCAGCUUUCGAAAUCCGAGGAGUCAUUGGUUGAUGACUCAACUUGCACGAUAUCGAAAGUAUCUCGUAAUCCUCCGUCGCUUCCUUGCCCGGUGGUUGCUUCACACUCGAGCGUGUCGGAGAGAAUCCAACGGACCGGAGUCCGCGUGCUUCCAACUCCGUGUGAAACAACGACCGCUAGCUACCAGGUCUGCGAGUCAAGGCCGAUUUGCCACUCGCAGAACGAAAGCAAGUGUCCGAAUACCGGAGUGACUAUUUUGCCUUGCAGAGCUGUUUCCGAUGCUGGGAGCAGAGCGGGGAUUGUAAUUGUCCCUUGCGAGGGCUCGGAUGCUCAGUGUCCUCAGACUGGAGUGAGAAUCACUCCGACACCUGACAGAGGUCUUUGUGUCUCUCCGGUAGCUCACGGACGAUCUUCCGGCAGCUGCUACGGAAGCGAUAAUCCAAGGGCUGGAGGGUGUGCUAUUGAUGUGGGAAACUGCCCGGGCUCGGGAGUUAAAGUCGGGACUUGUGCUGACGGGUCAGUCUGCGUAGCUCCCUGCAAAACCUCUGGAUGUCCGAAGCCGAUUCUCAAGUGUCCUGCCAAGCCGGUUCCUUUUCCCCACAUCCCGCUUCCUCAACCGGAGGACGUUGGUUGCAGCUCUUGUCCGUUGAAAAACCAGCAGGAGUCCAACCCGCCGAAUUCAAACAACAGCUUCAAGCCGAUUAAUGGGCAGCCUCGCACUAACCUGAGUAACCAGCUUACGCGUUUGACUGUUCGCCGGGACAAACAAGUCGUUCAGCUGUUUAAGCCGCAGCCUCAAUCCCAACCUUGUACUGACGGUGUGCACUGUCAGCCAAACGUUAAUCGUUCUUGUUCUGACGGUGUGCACUGCGAACCGGACCCCUAUCGCUCCCUGGCUCCUCAACUAAACCCCAACCCCUUUUCCGCCUCUUCGAAUCCUGACCCGUUUAGAAAAACCCAGAACUUAGUAGAUCCACCGAAUUUCUCCGACCCGAAUUUAGGUAGCGGAGUUGGAGGGCCUUCUAGUGGAGGAAACUGCAAAUUCGCUGGAAGCUCUGCACCCAAACGCGGUCGAGGAAUCCUCAAUCAGGCUGGAGCUGGCGGUCGACAACCACUCUGCGGUUUUUGCAAUUCAUAUGUCAGAGGUCCAUUCAUCACUGCUUUAGGGCAAAUCUGGUGCCCAGAGCACUUUGUUUGUGUGAACACACAGUGUCGUCGACCGCUUCAAGAUAUUGGAUUUGUCGAGGAGAAAGGGCAACUGUACUGUGAAUACUGUUUCGAACGUUUCAUUGCUCCCUCGUGCAACAAGUGCAACGGGAAGAUAAAAGGUGAUUGCUUGAAUGCGAUCGGAAAGUCGUAUCACCCUGAUUGCUUCAGCUGUGCUUACUGCGGGAAAAUCUUUGGAAACAGUCCAUUCUUUCUCGAGGAAGGAUUGCCGUACUGCGAGGCCGAUUGGAACGAACUCUUUACAACGAAAUGCUUUGCCUGUGGGUUCCCCGUCGAAGCUGGCGAUCGCUGGGUAGAAGCUCUCAACAAUAAUUACCACAGCCAGUGCUUCAACUGCACGAUGUGUAAAAAGAAUCUUGAGGGCCAGAGCUUUUAUGCCAAAGCCGGUCGACCCUUCUGCAAAAAUCACGCACGCUAA